UGUUGCAGUGUUGCCAAGUCAUAGUCUCAUUUCAUUUCACGUUAAUUGGCGGCAUUUCCCUCACGUGUUACGAAGUUUAUAGGAUUAUUCGUUUAUAUAAACGUAAGCUGGUUAUAGACAUGUCUUCAAAUAAAGUGAUCUUGGUAACUGGUGGCACUGGAUUGGUGGGCAGGGCCAUACAUAGAGUAAUUCAAGAAGAGAAAAAACCAGAUGAAACGUGGAUAUUUAUCUCUUCUAAAGACGCAGAUUUAAUGAAUAGAGAUCAAACUAAAGGUCUCUUCAGAAGAUACAAACCAACUCAUGUCAUUCAUUUAGCAGCCAUGGUUGGAGGAUUGUUUCGCAAUUUGAAAUAUAAUUUAGACUUUUUGAGGAAUAAUAUAUUGAUUAAUGAUAACAUUCUUCAUACUUGUUUUGAAACUGGAGUUGAAAAGGUUGUUUCCUGCUUAUCAACUUGUAUAUUUCCAGAUAAAACUACAUAUCCAAUAGAUGAAACUAUGAUUCACAAUGGACCACCCCACCCAUCUAAUUUUGGUUAUUCUUAUGCAAAAAGAAUGAUUGAUAUACAGAAUCAUGCAUAUAACAUUCAACAUGGUUGUAAAUUUACAGCUGUGAUCCCUACAAAUGUUUUUGGUCCUCAUGAUAAUUUCAAUCUUGAGGAUGGACAUGUACUCCCAGGAUUGAUACAUAAAACAUUUUUGGCAAAAAUGAAACAAGAACCAUUGAUUGUAUGGGGAACUGGCAAUCCUCUACGACAGUUUAUUUAUUCGUAUGAUUUGGCAAGACUUAUAAUAUGGGUUUUACGAGAAUAUGAGGAAGUAGAACCUAUAAUAUUAUCUGUGGAUGAAGAAGAUGAAAUAAGUAUCAAGUCUGCAGCAAUGAUGGUAGCAGAAGCAUUUAAUUUUACUGAUGAAAUUAUUUUUGACAGUACUAAAUCUGAUGGACAAUAUAAGAAAACUGCCAGCAAUGCCAAACUAAGGAGAUACUUACCAGACUUUCAAUUUACAGAUAUAAGGACAGCAAUCAGUGAAACUGUAGAAUGGUUUAUAGCCAAUUAUGACCAAGCAAGAAAAUAAAAUAUACAUCAGAAAUUAUAUGUUUUGUUUCUGAGGAACUGGAAAAGUAUUUUUUUGUUUAAUUCUGCAAUUUAUUGAAUGGCCUUUCAGAUCUUAAGUUUGAUUAUUUUGUAUUUUCUCACCAUUCUGUAAUAUCGUCAAACAUUGCAAUAUUCUGAAAAUCCAACUUUGGAAAUAUCAGAGCUUUAUAUUAUUAUUAUAGUGAUAAAUUAUUUAAAAUAUGAGAUGAAAUAUUAAAUUUUGCACAUUUUUUAUAA